GCUGAAUGGUGUGCAUGAUCCACGAGGAGGCAAAUAGAAUGAGUGAGUGAGUAUGUGAGUGAGCGAGAGAUCUGUUUGGAGUUAUGGUUGCAGGGGCGGUGACUGUCAGAAGUCUAGCCUUGACUGGACCACAACCAGUCACGCAACGCCGAAAACCCCAACAGGAACGAUAAUGCAGGAAUUAAAAAUCGGUCAACGAUGCCAUUACAAUCGUCGUUAGAACAAUGUCUGCUGCGGUCAGUGGAUAAUAUCUCGAGGCAGCUACGCUUUGUGUCUCCAAAGUCCAACCGUUGCUGACAACGAUCUCAUGGAGACAUAGGAGCUAGCUUGUGGAGGUAACGGAACAAACUGGAGGGUAACGUCGACAAGUAGACGUUUCCCUGCACAUCCGCUGUUGCUCGUCUGAACGAUUCCUGAGCCCGCUGGCCGAUAAGAUGGCAGGUGAUGCAAGUUGUGGGCGAGGUUGAGAGCUCCGUGACUGUGCAUAAGCUGUUGGUCCGGGUUAACGGCAUGAGCAGGCACCAGCGUUGCAUGAUCUGGAGUAAAUACAACAAUUUAUUGUGUAGCAGCGGCGGGGGAGAUUGACCGCUAGCUUCCAAGUAUACUCAUUCCGACACCCCAGUGCGUGGUGGCACUGACAUUGAUCUUCAGAAACACAAUUCCUGCCCUCGAAAAUUCCUGACCAGGAUAUUCUUCGAAUAAUUUCCAUUUUCGUGCAUCUUCAUUCGCAGAACUGCAGCAAUUGAUCUCAACAUCUCUACACACGAUUGUUACAACAACCAGUCUUAAUUGUGUGGAGAUGGCGGGCGGUGGUGUGGUGAGCUAUCAUGGUAUGAAGGCGGAUCAAUAUGGAGGGAAGGUAACUGUGUUCGUGGUCAUGGCGUGCAUCGUUGCUGCCAGUGGAGGUCUUCUCUUUGGCUAUGACAUCGGUAUUUCAGGCGGUGUCACUGCCAUGGACGACUUUUUGAUCAAAUUCUUCCCCCAUGUCUACCGUAAUAAACACUCCAACGACUUGCACGAGAGCCACUACUGCAAGUAUGACGACCAAGGCUUGCAACUUUUCACCUCGUCACUCUACUUGGCUGGUCUGGUGGCGACCUUUUUCGCCUCCUAUACCACCCGAUUGCUUGGGCGCAAGGUCAGUAUGCUAAUCGCCGGCUUGGCGUUCUUGGCGGGGUCCAUCUUCAAUGCCGCUGCCGUGAAUCUUGCCAUGCUCAUUAUUGGUCGUCUUCUCCUUGGAGCUGGUGUUGGAUUCGCAAAUCAGUCGGUACCCCUGUAUCUGUCGGAGAUGGCGCCUGCUAGGCUCAGGGGAGGUCUCAACAUCAUGUUUCAGCUGGCAACCACCAUCGGCAUCCUAGCUGCUAGCCUCAUCAAUUACGGCACUGCCAAAGUUCAUCCCUGGGGAUGGCGUCUCUCUCUGGGCUUGGCUGCUGUACCUGCGGUCCUGCUCACGCUGGGUGGUCUCUUUUGCCCCGAAACCCCCAACAGUUUGAUCGAGCGAGGCAAGACUGAGCAAGGCCGACACAUCUUGACCAGGAUCCGUGGCACGGAUGACGUGAAUGCCGAGUACGACGACAUGGUGGAGGCCAGCGAGAUUGCACAGAGAGUAAAGCACCCAUUUCGAAACCUUCUGCAAAAGAGGAACAGGCCCCAGCUGGUGAUGGCCAUCGCCAUUCCGUUUUUCCAGCAGGUCACGGGCAUCAAUGCCGUCAUGUUCUACAUCCCCGUGCUUUUCAACACAAUCGGGUUCAGUACAAACGCAUCCCUGUACUCAGCCGUCAUCACGGGCGCCGUAAACGUGGUGGCCACACUGGUGUCGUUAGGUGUAGUGGACAAGUGGGGUCGGCGCGUCCUAUUCCUGCAGGGGGGAAUGCAGAUGCUCAUCAGCCAAGUGAUCAUCGGCAUCAUCCUGGCUCUGAAGUUCAGCGGAACAAACGAGCUGUCUAAGGGUGAGGCGAUGGCCAUUGUAAUAUUGGUGUGCAUAUAUGUGGCCGCAUUCGCGUGGUCCUGGGGUCCACUGGGUUGGCUGGUCCCCAGUGAGAUCUUCCCCAUCGAGACACGCUCUGCAGGUAUGGCCAUCACAGUCUGCGUGAACCUGAUCUUCACAUUCGUCAUCGCGCAAGCGUUCUUGACGAUAUUGUGUCACUUCGAGUACGGAAUCUUCCUGUUCUUUGCAGGGUGGGUGGUGAUUAUGACUGUCUUCAUAGCAUUGUUUUUGCCGGAAACCAAAGGGGUUCCGAUCGAGGAGAUGAUCUACGUGUGGCGGCAGCAUUGGUUUUGGAAGCGCAUCGUCCCCGCUGACGACCUGCCUGUUCAUGGUGAAAAGCCCAAGGUUGCUGAUUAGCUAAGAUCUUGGUUGGAACUGUUGUGCACCAGUUUGUGAGAGUUGCAAUGGCUGGCUUGGAAGUUGAGUGAAGAACUUCACUCGACGUACUCAUCGUCUUGCUCUGCGAAGUUUUCAAUAGCAAGGGUAGUCUGCUGUGCAGUGUGUUGGCAUUGAACUUCUGUAAAACUGGAGAAUUAGAUCUAAUUACCGUUAAGCUGUUUGCAACCAAGGCGUGUUCGAAUAGUUGGUUAGUCUAAUCUGGACUCGCUGUAGUGAUUCUCCGUUCAGAUCCACAGCCCUGUUUUUAGGCUCUACAUCUUGUUUACAUUUCCAAUCUCUUUAGUCAUUGGUGAUAGGCUUGUAACCCUCCUUAAGGUUUGUAAGAAGAAUGUUAAAUAUCUAGACUCUUUAAAGAGAAUUUUGUGUGCAAGCAGAGGGUUUCAGGUAGGAUAAAGUGAUAGUUGGGUUGGAAUGGCUGUGAGGGUUUGUUAUAGUUUGACAUACUAUGAAUCUUUCAUUUACUUAAGUAUUGAAUUACAUGUUAUUUGAAUGUUUA